AUGCAAACUGGCCCGGACAGUGCUACCUGGGGCGCUGCCAUUUGCCCUACUAGGUACAGCGCCCUCAGCGGCUCUCCCAGGAGUGUCGGCGCUCCCAGAGGCCCUCCCAGAGGCGACGGAUCUUCAGAGGAUCCUUCCAACGGCGACUGCGCCCUCAGGGGCCUGCCCAAAGGCAGUGGCACCCUCGGUAUCCUACCAGAGACCGCGGCGCCUAAAGGGCACUUUCAGGGACGGCAGUGCCCCGGGGGCCCUACCGAGGGUUACACAGCGUCCCCAGGGCCUUCCCGGGAACCGCUCAGGGUGCUGAGGCUCUCCCGGAGCCAUCUAGGGGCAGUGUCCUUGUAUGGAGUCUCCAGGGAUAUCAUCCUCCUCUUGGGACCUCCCAGAGGCGGUGGAGUCCCCAUGGGCCCUUCCAGGAGACCUCCAGGGGUGGUGACGCCCCAGGGGCCUUCCCAUGGAGCCGUCUCCAGAGGCAGUGUCCCGAGCCCCAGGGAGCCCUCUGAGGCAGUGUCGCCUCUAUUCGCUACCGAGAACAGUGUUGCCCCUGGAGACCACCCACAGGCGGUGACGUCCCAGGGUCGCUUCAGGGGCAGUAGCGCACACAGGGGCCCUGCCAGUGCAAAAACAACAACCCCCCGAAAAGCCUUUCCAAGGACAGUGCUACCUGGGGCCUGCAUUUUGCCCUACCAGGUACAGCGCCCUCAGCGGCUCUCCCAGGGGUGUCCGGCGCUCCCAGGAGCCCCUCCAGGAGCGACGGAUCUUCUAAUGAUCCUUCCAACAGCUGCGCCCCAGGGAGCCUGCCCAAGGCAGUGGCACCCGCAGUAUCCUACCAGAGACCGCGGCGCCCAAGGGCUUUCCAGGGUUCAGCAGCGCCCAGGGCCCUACCAGGGACGGCGGCAUCCCAGGGCCUUCCCAGGGACGUCUCCAGUGCUGGGAACCCAGGGCCCCUUCCUAGGGGCAGUGUUGCAUCUAUGUGGACUCUCCCGGGGACAUCAUCCUUCCACAGGGUACCUCCCAGGGCGUGUCCCCCAAGGCCUUCCCAGAAUUGCCUUUCAGGGUGCCUGGGGCUGCGGGCCGCUUUCAGGGGCAGUGUCACCUGUAUGGACUCUCCCAGGGGACAUCAUCCACCCAGGGACCUACCCAGAGACAGUAGACAAUUACUACAGAGGCCCUGCCAUUUGCCCUACCAUGUACAGCGCCCUCAGCAGCUCUCCCAGGGUGUCGGCGCUCCCAGAGGCCCUCCCAGGGGCGACGGAUAUUCAGGAUCUUCCAACGGCGGCUGCGCCCCAGGGAGCCUGUCAAAGGCAGUGGCACCCUCGGUAUCUACCAGAGACCGCGGCGCCAAAAGGGCCCUUCAGGACGGCAGCGCCCCAGAAUUUCUGGGGACUGCAGCAUCCCAGGGCCUUCCCAGGGCCGUCUCAGUGGUGCUGGGGCUCCCAGACUUCCCUUCCUGGGGGCAGUGUCGUCAUAUGGACUCUCCAGGGACAUCAUCCACCCCAGCGGACCACCCAGAGGCGGUGGAGUCCCCACGGGCCCUCCCAGGGACAGCUGCGCUCCCAGUGGCCCCUGCUAGGGUCAGCGCCGCCCCAGGGUCCUUCCAGCAGCGGUGGCUCCUUCACGAGUCUCACUGAAAGCGGUGUACCCCCAGGGGAGACCUCCCAGGGUGGUGACGCCCCUGAGGCCUUCCCAUCGACCCACUGCCCUACAGGGACAGUGCUACCUGGGGCCCUGCCAUUUGCCCUACCAGGUACAGCGCUCUCAGCGGCUCUCCCAGGUGUCGGCGCUCCCAGAGGCCUCCCAGGAGCGACGGAUCUUCUAAUGAUCCUUCCAACGGCAGCUGCGCUCCAGAGGCCUGCCCAAAUGCAGUGGCACCCGCAAUAUCCUACCAGAGACCGCGGUGCGCCCAAAGGGUUUUUCCAGGGACGGCAGUGCCCCCAGGGCCCUACCAGGGACGAGCGGCAUCCCCAGGGCCUUCCCAGGGACGUCUCACGAGUGCUGGAGAACCCAGGGCCCCUUCCUAGGGGCGGUGUUGCAUCUAUGGACUCUCCGGGACAUCAUCAUCUCCCAGGCUGCCCUACGGGACAGUGCUACCUGGGGCCCCUGCCAUUUGCCCUACCAGGUACAGCGUCCUCAGCGGCUCUCCCAGGGGUGUCGGCGCUCCCAGAGGCCUCCCAGGCGACGGAUAUUCCAAGGAUCCUUCCAACGGCGGCUGCGCCCCCAGGGGCCUGUCCAAAGGCAGUGGCACCCUCGGUAUCCUACCAGAGACCGCGGCGCCCAAAAGGGCCCUUCCAGGGACGGCGGCGCCCCCAGGGCCCUACCAGGGACUGCGGCGUCCCCAGGGCCUUCCCAGGGGCCGUCUCAGUGGUGCUGGGGCUCCCAGGGCCGCUUCCUAGGGGCGGUGUCGUCUGUAUGGACUCUCCCGGGGACAUCAUCCACCCCAGCGGACCUCCCAGAGGCGGUGGAGUCCCCACGGGCCCUCCCAGGGACAGCCGCGCCCCCAGUGGCCCUGCUAGGGUGGCGCCACCCCAGGGGUCCUUCCAGCGGCGGUGGCUCCUUCAUGAGUCUCGCACAAGCGAUUGGGUGCCGGCGCUCCCAGAGGCUCUCCCACAGGCGACGGAUCUCCAAGAUCCUUCAACGGCGGCUGCGCCCCAGGGCCUGCCCAAAGGCAGUGGCACUGCGGUAUCCUACCAGAGACUGCGGCGCCCAAAAAGGCUUUUCAGGACGGCAGCCCCCAGGGGCCUACCAGGGACGGCGGCAUCCCCAGGGCCUUCCCAGGAGACCUCUGAGGAGUGCUGGGGAACCCAGGGCCCCUUCCUAGGGGCGGUGUUGCAUCUGACUCUCCCGGGGACAUCAUCCUCCCCAGGGUACCUCCCAGAGGCGGUGGCGUCCCCAGGGCCUUCCCAGGGGCCUUUUCAGGGGUGCUGGGGCUCCCAGGGCCGCUUUCUAGGCAGUGUCACCUGUAUGGACUUCUUCGGGACAUCAUCCACCCCAGGGGACCUACCCAGAGACGGUGGACAGUGCUACCUGGGGCCCCGCAUUACUACUAGGUACAGCGCCCUCACCGGCUCUCUCCCAGGUUGCGGCGCCCAGAGGCCCUCCAGAGCUGGAUUCCAUGAUCCUUCCAACGGCGACUGCACCCAGGGGCCUGCCCAAAGGCAGUGGCACCUCGGUAUCCUACCAGAGACCGCUGAGCCGAAAGGCCCCUUCAGGGGGGCAGCGCCCCAAAGCCCUUCCCAGGGACUGCAGCGUCCCCAGAGCCUUCCCAGGGGCCGGCUCAGGGGUGCUGGGGCCCCAGGCCGCUUCCUAGGGGCGGUGUCGCCUGUAUGGAGUCUCCCGGGGAUAUCCUCCUCCUCACGGGACCUCCCAGAGGCGGUGGAGUCCCCACGGGCCCUUGCAGGGACAGCUGCGCCCCCAGUGGCCCUGCUAGGGUCGGCGCCUUCCCAGGGUUCUUCCAGCGGCGGUGGCUCCUGCACGAGCCCGGAACAAGCGAUUUUACCCCCAGGAGACCUCCCAGGGGUGGUGACGCCCCCUGAGGACUUUCCAUCGACCCAUUGA